AUGGAAGGGUUUGUUAUCUUGGCUAUCAAAUUUCUCCAGUCCUUCAAUUCAAAUAUUGUCAGCCUUGCUUAUUGGCAUCUUCUUCAAUGUCCUAGUUCAUUAUUCUUCUUACUAAUCUCUAAGAUUUCGCCCGGUAUUGAAGAAUUAGUCAAGAAGCUGAAGGCAAGGAAUACCGAUAUUUAUCUAAUUUCUGAGGGUUUCCGCCAAAUGAUCAAUCAUGUUGCAUCAAUCCUUGGAAUUCCGCAAGAAAACAUUUUUGCCAAUCAGCUGCUCUUUGGAAGUUCUAGGGAGUUUUUGGGAUUCGAUGUUAAUGAGCCCACUUCGAGGAGUGAAGGAAAAGUUACUGCUGUUCAACAAAUAAGAAAGGUUAAGGGAUACAAGGCAUUAGUCAUGAUUGGUGAUGGUGCUACUGAUCUUGAGGAUUUCGUCCGGCAUUGAAGAAUUAGUCAAGAAGCUGAAGGCAAGGAAUACCGAUGUUUAUGUAAUUUCAGGGGCUUCCGCCAAAUGAUCAAUGUAUGCAACUAUGCUACUAAAUGCUUGAAAGACCAUCUCUAUUUUACUUUGUUCUGUUAAGGCAUUCAUGUGGUUUCAUUUGCCCUUUUGAUAAAUGAUGAUAUUAAAAAUAGAAACUUGAAUGUAAGAAACUGGAAAACACGAAUUUAGAGAGAACUUGCCAUAAAAUUAUGAACAAUCUUUUUCUCAUGAAUUUGCAGUAAGAAAUUAGAGAACUUGUUUCUCAGUUUGGAGCUUGAAAGUAUUAGUCAAGAAAUUAACAACUCUUAUUCCCAACUUCAAAUUACUUGAGAGUAAAA